CAUUCAUGUAUCCUAUAAUUACGCAAUAUAAUAUGCACAUGUGUUUGUACACAGAUAUCACAUCACAUCUUCACUGCAUAGCUACUGACUAAGUAUUGUCACUGUGUGAUUGUCGGAGACGUUUCAUGCCCAUAUUUACUGUGAAGUCAGAUACUGGAAUCAAUCUGUGUUAUCUCUGACACGAAUCGUGGACAGACAGACGCAAGACAUGUCUUCAGAGGAGCAAGAUGCUUCGGGAGACUCUGACUCUGAGAAGUCAUCUUUGGAUGAGGGCGAAAUGGAGAAUGAGGCUGGACCAUCAACGUCCACUGGCAGCGCUGGCACAAAUUUAGACGUAACUGCAAAGAAUGGCGACGAGUCACCUGGAGCUAGCAGUGAUGAUGAGGAUGAUGAUGACAGUAAUGAUGACAGUGAUGAUGACAGUGACGACAGUGACGAUAGCUAUGAAGAAGAUGAAGAAAAGGAAGAUGAAAAUAGAUUUCUACCCGAGGUCAAAUUGCCGAAGACGAUAACCUGUGAUGAGAGUGUGAUGUCACUUCAGUUCCACCCUAAGGGAAAUAUGUUAGCUACAGGUCUCAUGGAUGGCUCCAUCACAAUGUAUUCCUACUCAGCAGAAGAACCCAAUGAGGAGCUGAUGUUUGAAGAAGUUCACAAGAAAGCGUGUCGGGCUCUUGCCUUUUCAGAAGAUGGGAAGUCCAUCUUCUCCGUCUCCAAAGACAAGUCUGUAAGGAAGCUAGACAUAGCCUCUGCCACCGUGGAGCUGAGCUUGGAGAAGGCCCAUGAAGUGCCCAUAUACUGCUUGGCAGUGAUAGAUGAAAAUAUGGUCGCGACGGGUGAUGAUGAUGGACAUUUGAAGGUGUGGGAUCUGAGAACACAGAAAGCUAUUAUGGAGAUGAAGGAGAAUGAAGAAUUUAUCAGCAGUCUGGUCGUUGGAAAGGACAAGAAGAUUCUGCUUGCAACAAGUGGUGAUGGCACCAUGAGCGCAUUCAACGUUCGGAGGAGACGUUUCGAUCUACAGUCUGAACAUGUUAACAGUGAGCUUCUAUGUGCAUCUCUCGUAAAGAAAGGACAGAAGGUCGUUUGCGGUGCCAGUGACGGUGCUUUGAAUAUCUUCAAUUGGAACGAGUUUGGUAACAUCAGCGAUCGUUUCCCAGGCCAUGCCUCCUCUAUAGACUGCUGUGUGCCAGUCACUGAGAACGUCAUCUGCACUGGUUGUUUAGAUGGAACCAUCAGGGCUGUUCACAUGCUGCCAAACCGUUUCCUGGGAAUCGUUGGGGAACACGAAGGGCUACCAGUGGAGAGCAUGACGGUCUCGUUUGACUCCAAGUACCUCGCAUCUUGCGCUCUCGAAGAAAAGAUCAGAUUCUGGGGCGUUGAGCACCUGCAGAAGACGAACGUUGAUCCCAGGGGCAAGGCAGGGAAGAACGACUCCUCUAAAAGACUCACAGAAACGGGGCGGCAGGAAAAUUUCUUCUCAGAUUUAUGAUGAACGCGAGGUGUUUUUUUCAAGGACAUGAAGUCGCAGGUUCUGAUGGGAAUUUGCACAGUAUACUUAUCUUCACCGGGAGUGGACUUCUUUUUUAUGAUUAGCAGGCCUGGAGUAUUAGGUGCACUGUCCGUACACUUCUUAAGAAUCGACUUUAAAGGCCAUCAGUACUAGUUUGGCUAGGAGGGAUUAGACCACCCAGGGUGGUCACUGACAGGUGGC